AGAAAAUUUAAAUAAAUGCGGUAGGAUAAAAUAAUUGCACAGGCAGGAUAGUUUAGUGUCAGUGUCAACCAUGGCGGGAAACGGUUGUUCAUCUUUGUUCGGGCUGUUGUCUGUGAUGGCGUUGUCUGGUAUAAUGUGCGUUGAAGUGCCGAAAUUGAAACUGAAUAAUGGAAAAUUGAUGCCUGCAAUUGCUUUAGGCACUUACUUGGGAUUUGAUCAGGGUGGAGUGGUGAAAUCAGUAAACAAACAACUAGCCAAUGUUGUUAUGAAUGCAAUAGAUAUCGGCUAUAGACACUUCGACACGGCAGCCAUUUACGAAACCGAAGAAGAAGUUGGUGAAGGCAUUCGGAAGAAGAUCGAAGAAGGUGCGAUUACCAGAGACGAUGUUUUUGUUACAACAAAGCUUUGGAACACGCAACACAAGAGGGAACAAGUACCUCUGGCACUAAAACAAUCUUUAAAUAAAAUGGGUCUUAAUUACGUAGAUUUGUAUUUGAUGCAUUGGCCGAUUGGUUUAAACGAUGAUUACACAUUCUCCGAUGUCGACUUCAUGGAGACGUGGCGAGGAUUGGAAGAUGUCCAGAAAACGGGUCUCGCAAAAUCUAUUGGCGUCUCUAACUUCAACUUGGAUCAAUUGAGGAGACUCAUAAAGGAAGCAUCUAUUAAGCCAGUGGCUAUUCAAGUUGAGGUCCAUCCACAAAUGAUCCAAUCUGAGAUCAUAGAAUAUGCAAAGUCAGAAAGCAUGGUAGUGAUGGGAUACAGUCCAUUUGGUUCUUUAGUUAUGAGAUACGGAAUGCAAUUUCCGGGACCUAAGAUAGAUGAACCAAUACUAGUUGAAAUUGCUAGGAAAUAUAAUAAAACAACACCGCAAGUCGUGUUAAGGUGGCAGGUCGAUAGAAAUGUUGUGCCACUACCAAAGUCUACAAACUUGAAACGUUUGAAGGAAAAUAUUGAUAUUUUCGAUUUCAAAUUGGAGCAAUAUGAAAUUGAAAAAAUCAACCAAUUUCAUAAUAACGUGAGAUAUACAUUGCCGUCGUUUUGGCAGAACCAUCCUUAUUACCCAUUCGAAAAAAUUGAUAAUCCUCAAGAUAAUCCUUUCCUUAACAAAAGAAAACAAUAACACAUGUUUUUUGACUUGAUUUUGCCUCUGCGUGAAAUUGUGAAAAAAAUAAUUCGUUUAUUAUUAAUAUUAAUAUCAGCGUGAAAACAGAACCCCGUCGUCGUCUCUGGCUGUACGGAAGUUCCCAUUGUAACCACAAUUUACCUAUUUUUGUAAAAAAAAAAUGACAACUUGAAAAGGAGCUUAAUUGAUUGUAUUAUUCUUGAUUAGUUUUAUAAAAUAAACUAACAUUUUUGGA